CAUAAACCAUGAUGUCGAAAAGACAAGCAGAAUUUUCGCUAGCGGAGGACGCCACCAUCGGGUCGCCUGCCUCUAAAAAGGCCCGUGUCGAGGAUGACGGCCUGCCGGAAGAUGACCCACGCCAUGGAGCUUUACCUUUGCGCCGAGCCAGUGGACAAGAGAGAGAAGUACAUGAGCGCAAAGGACAGGAUAUUCUGGCAGCUGCAGACCAAGAGGAAGAAGAGUUGGAGGAAGCGGCAGAAGUGGUCAAUAAUGUGAAUGAAGUGGACGAUUUGGACGACGACCAGCCUGCAAUCGUGGCCCCGAAACGCCAAAGUGCGCCAAUGGAAGGAUACGGCGACCUUUACCUCGAUACUAUCAAUCGAAAAAUUCUCGACUUUGACUUUGAAAAACUCUGUUCCAUCAGCUUGUCAAACAUCAACGUCUAUGCUUGUCUGGUGUGUGGCAAGUACUUCCAGGGUAGAGGCCCCAAAUCGCAUGCCUACUUUCAUGCUCUAGAGAUAGGACAUCAUGUCUUCAUCAAUAUGGGAACCAAGAAGGUAUAUGUCCUUCCUGAAGGAUAUGAGGUGAAGAAUAAAAGCUUGGAUGAUAUUAAAUAUGUGGUGGAUCCAUACUAUACCAAGGAUGAAGUGUCCAAGCUGGAUAAAGAGGUUGGUGACGCCUUCGAUCUCUCAGGCAGCCGCUACAGACCAGGAUUUGUGGGAAUGAACAACAUCAAGGCCAACGACUAUUUAAAUGUGGUGGUCCAGUCCCUAGCCCAUGUCCUUCCUAUUCGCAACUACUUCCUUCUCCACGAGUUUCCACAGCCUGGUACACCCCAGCUGGUUCUCCGGUUUGGAACUCUCGUUCGCAAGCUUUGGAAUCCCAAAGCCUUCCGGUCACACGUCUCACCACACGAACUCCUCCAAGAAAUCGCUCUUCGAUCAUCGAAGCGCUUCACCCUUACCCAGCAGUCAGACCCAGUCGAGCUCUUAUCCUGGUUCCUAAACAACCUUCAUCUUGCACUUGGAGGCUCUCGAAAACCAUCCAAGUCUCCAACAAGUGUGGUGCAUGCCGCUUUUCAAGGACACUUGCGAAUUGAAAGCCAGGCAAUCACUGCCCAUUCAGACACCCAAAAUGCCCGUUUGGUCUUUACGGAAUCAGGCACCAUAAACAGUCAAACCAGCCCAUUCCUUAUUCUCACACUGGACCUGCCACCAACCCCUCUCUUCCAGUCUGCCAACAGAGAAUCGAUUAUCCCCCAGGUUCCUCUAACCACCCUCCUCAACAAGUACAACGGAAUUACUGCCUCCGAAAAACUCGCUCAUCGAGUCCGCCAUCGUCUUCUCCAUCCUCUUCCUCCUUACCUUAUGUUUCAUAUUAAACGAUUCAGCAAAAACCGCUUUGUCUCCGAGCGCAAUCCGACAAUUGUAACCUUCCCCUCGCCCCGAUCACUGGAUAUGUCGCCCUAUGUAGAGCCCAACCCUGGUAUUUGGGCUCCUGGGGAACCAAUCCUUUAUGAUCUCGUGGCAAAUAUCAUCCUCGACCCUGCCAUCACGGUCCCCGGCGGAAAUGAGGAUGCCGCUGAUAAAGGAGUCAACGCAGCUUCAGGAGCAUCUUCCAGCGGCGCCGGAGCCGGUAGCGAAAAGGUCUCGUGGCUCGUUCAGCUUCACGACAAGGCUAUGGUGGUUGAGAACAAUCGUCUUCAAAACGAGCACGCUGGGGAACAGCGAGGUCCCGAGUGGUUGGAGAUUCAGGAUUUGUUUGUCAAACGCGCAGAGAGUGAAACUUUGUUCACACGAGAGGGGUAUCUAAUGGUAUGGGAGCGUCGAAGGACUCCCGGUACGACGAGCCGGAAGGGGAAGGCUGCUUCCAAGUGAAGUGAGGCACUUGUCCUUGCUGAUAUGUCACUGGGUUCUUAAAGUUGGAUAUUUCUUUAGCCACCGGAGCCAUCCAAACCUAGAUGUGUGGAAGCACUAUAUGUAUAAUUAAAGAUCACGAUGAUGAUAUCAUUAAACAACAAGGUUCAUUUCUAGCCCGCAAACGCAAUUCCAUAAAGUAUCAGAUGAGGAUAGGGUAUUUAUAAACUAAUGUACAAAAGAUGAUUUUGGUCCGUUGCCAACUUGACUGGUUAAUACCAAGUUCACGAAGCAUUCGACUUUCUUGUUUUGCAAAUUGGAUCACCAAGGAGGAAAAAUAUACUGUCCUUUUCUGUUCAGACUUUACAGUG